GUCACAUGCUGUAAACAAUUUCAAAGUUAGCAGCCAGGUAAACAAAUUCCUUCAGCUUCUUGUCAUUCUCAGUUGCCAAGACAACAUACUUUUCUAUGCUCCCCGGACGUAAAAAAGACUUCUGAAAUUCUCUGUUGCCUGGAAAAAUACACCUUUGGUCAUUCUCAACUCACUGGACAACAUACUUCUGGUCAAGCAAUUCUUCUCUUCAAUCGUUUAAACUUCACUGACCACAGAGUUCUGCUUCGUUUUCUUUUCUUGUCUGUGGCAUUUGGUUUGCUAUCAAGAUUCUUUUACAAAUUGGAAAAUUCCUUUAUAUGAGCUGAGUUCCCUCAGAUUCAAAACUGUGGCUCACUACUUCCCUUUCUGUUGUACAAGUUUUAGUGUUUCCUCAGAUCCACAGGUCUUUGGCUUCAGUACUCCAUCUUCUUUGGCCAACAGAACCUGAAUCACUUCUCCUCAAACAAAUCCCUACCACUUCACUUUAACAUCUGUUUUCUACAAUAAUUCAAAUGAAGAUGAUGAGCUGCGUCCAGUCCCCUGAUUUAAAAGAAGAUGCUCAGGACCAUAGUGGAAACCCUGAACCCCGGGGCACUGACACGACUCUCACCCCUAUGAUGACAUCUUCCGAAUUUCUGCUGAACUACGACCUCCAGGCCAUGGGGAACUCAAAGUGGAGUAAGAACGAAGCAGCAGUACUUGGAAUGCCACAGCGUGAGCGCCGGCUGCACCUUGCUGUGAUGGGCAAUGAACGGGAGACUGUGCGCAACCUUAUUCUGGAAGGUGCAGACAUAAACUACCCUUGGAGCAAUCCUACAGUUCCCAGUGUGAAGGACAGCACCACACCUCUUUUGGCUGCUGUCUCAUUGAAUCAUGUUGAUAUUACUAUGAUCCUUCUAAAUGCUGGUGCCAAUGUGAAUCUAGCAGACCGUAAUGACUGUACACCUCUCUACAAGGCAGCCUAUCAUGGUCGUCCUCACUUGGUAGAUAUCCUAGUUCAGGCUGGUGCUGAUAUUAAUCGUGCUGAUAAAGAUGGACAGACACCCCUCUAUAUCUGUGUACAGAAUGCUAUUGUGCAUUCCAGCUUUGCUACUGUACAGAAGCUACUCACUGCCGGUGCCUCUCUUGAUAAAUGUGACAAUUCUGGCAAGUCCCCACUGAAUGUGGCUGCCCACUGGAAGUUAAAGGACAUGAUAAGUAUCCUACUGACCGCGCACAGUGAUGUAAACAUGACUGAUAAACGGGGCCACACCCCGCUCUAUGUGUGUGUCAGCUCAUUGAGCACCGGCCUCUACAAGGAAGACCUGAAAUACCAAGUGCCGUGCAUCAAGGUGUUGUAUUGUGCUGGCUGUGACAUGCUCAAUCUUGUUGACUGGCUGAAAUGGAAAGGUCCCGGCAUCCCACCUGAGCUGCUGUCUGACAAGGGUGACGAAGCGUUCUUUGAGUGGUACACCACCAGCAUACGGUCACCGCACUCCCUCUGCAACUUGUGCCGUAAGGUCAUCCAACAGACUCUGUGUGCAAAUAAUUCCUCACAGGACUACAUGAAGCUUGUAUCAACUUUACCACUGCCUCACAAACUGCGUGUUUACCUGUCUCGCAAAAUGUUUCACUUGCCCACAUCCUGAUAAAGAUGACUGAUUCCAUGUAUGGGAGAGAAGGAAGGAGUGCGUGAGAGAGAGAGAGAGAGAGAGAGAGAGAGAGAGGUUAGGUGGAAUGGUGUAGGGAUGAGCAGCAGUGGUUCAGGGGUUAUUUCCAUGGUGGUGGUGGUAGUGGUGGUUGGGGAUGGUUAUAAGGGUUUGGAGCUAAGAACUUGGAAAAUAGGGGUUUAAUGAUGGGGAGAGAUAAUCUGGGGACUGAAUCGAGUAGACUCCCUACAUGUAGACUGACACCAGCUCCACCACCAUUAUGUUGCUACGCCAGACCACAGCACCACCACUUACCUCAUAUACACUCUUACCACUCCUACCACGAAAUUACUUUCACACACCACCACCACCACCACCACACUAUAACACACCCCUGCCACACUGAUGCCAUCACCACCACCUCCCCAUCAUGUAUGUUCCACUUUUAGUUGUAUUUUUUAAAACUGC